AUGCUGGGCGACAAAGGGUCUGAAGAAGAGGUCGAGAUCAGUGAGGCUGAGAAACAGGCAACUCGAAGGGUCAUACGAAAAAUCGAUAUGAGGCUACUACCCGUCCUGGCUGUCAUCUAUGCUUUUGCAUUGAUCGACCGUAUCAACCUGCCAACUGCUCGCAUUGCUGGUAUGGACGAGGAUCUCGAACUUUCCGAGGGUGAUCGCUAUUCCAUUGUCACCAUGAUGUUCUUCAUCCCCUAUGUCAUCUUCCAGUUUCCAGCGAAUAUCAUCAUCCGCAAACUGGGCGCGGCUUCAUGGCUUUCGUCGCUUGUGAUCGCAUGGGGAGCUGUGACUAUCGCUAUGGGCUUCACUCAUCGAUGGACUGAACUGCUCGGAUGCCGUGUUAUUAUGGGAGUGCUCGAGGCUGGAUACUACCCCGGCUGCGUAUACCUCCUUUCCUGCUGGUAUGUCCGGUACGAGAUUCAGAAGCGCUUCAGUGCUUUCUACCUCCUUGCGCUUCUGGCCACGGGGUUUUCAAGCAUUCUAGCGUAUGGCCUCAUGCAAAUGAAGGGACUUGCUGGCUUGAAUGGGUGGCGUUGGAUCUUCAUCAUUGAGGGUAUCAUCACUGCGCUGCUUGGCUUCCUGGGCCUCGCCGCAAUUAUUGAUUUCCCCGACAAGGCUACUAAACCUGGCCUUAUCAUCAAGAAACCUUUCCUCACGAUUGAAGAGGCACGCCUCGUUGUUAACCGCAUCAAUCGCGACCGUGGCGAUGCGGUCGUUGACAAGUUAACAAAACAGGUGGUACUCGGACAUUUGAAAGACUGGAAGCUUUGGGAGUUUGCUUGGCUGUACUUCCUCAAUAACGUCGUGACCUACUCCUUUGGUUAUUUUCUCCCGAUCAUCCUGAAAAACGGCAUGGGUUACUCGACCGCCAUGAGCCAGAUCCUCGCCUUCCCUCCUUGCGUGGUGGCCACGAUCUGGAUGUUCACGACGGCAUACCUAGCCGACAAAUACCGGAAGCGCGGCAUUGUCAUUAUUUUCAACGCUGUCAUGGCAAUUCUUGGGGUCAGCAUGAUGGCGUUUCUUGACCGACCUCGAGACCGCUACGCUGGCAUCUUUCUGGGCAUCUCCGCAGCCAACUCCAACGUCCCAUCGCUUCUAACCUACAUGCAUAAUAACAUCGUCGGCCAGACCAAGCGAGCUAUUGGCUCUGCUUUGCUCAUCGGUGGGGGAGCCGUAGGGGGCAUUGCUGCAUCGAAUAUUUUCCGUCAGCAGGACGCCCCUGAAUACACCCCAGCAAUGAUCGUGGUUAUCGUCACACAAGCUGUGACAGUCGUUCAUGUUCUAAAGAACUUCUGGGUCUACUCUAGGUCAAAUGCGAAAGCUGAACGUGGGGAGAUCUUAAUUGAAGGGCAAGAGGGAUUCCGCUAUACUUUGUAG